AUGGCCCCGGUCAACUAUCAGGAAAUCUCGCAGCAGGUCUACGGGCUGGCAGCGUCGAAUGAAUCGCUUGCGCCGCUGGUCAGGGAAGCGCUGCAGGCCAUUGACGAAGCUCUCGACACGUUCGGAAUAGAGCAUGUCUCGCUCAGCUUCAACGGGGGCAAGGACUGCGAGUACCCUCCCGUUCGCACUCUGCUUCCUGUUGAUCAUGUUCACCCCGCAGGCACUGUGCUCCUCCACCUAUUCGCCGCGUCUCUCGGUCGCCGAGGAGCCACCUCAAGACCAAUUCCUGCCGUGUGCAUUCCGGUCCCUUCACCGUUUCCCCAACUCGAGGCUUUCAUAGACGAAGCCGCCAAGGCAUACAGCCUCGACCUCUUCCACUGUCCCCUGCCAGAACCAGAACAGCCUGUAGAGACUGUAACCGCGCCCGCGACACCGUCACCAUCGACACCGAAUGGCAACAGUAGAGGGUACGUAGGGCCGCGGAUGAAGGCGAAGGGGGGCGAGGGCAUGAAACAAGCGUUGGAAAUAUACAAGGCACGUUUUUCUCAUGUAGAUGCCAUUCUCAUUGGAACAAGAAGGGGAGAUCCGCAUGGAGCUGCGCUGACAUUCCGGAAUCCAACGGAUCCCGGUUGGCCAGCCUUCGAGCGAAUAAACCCUAUCAUCAAUUGGUCGUAUUCGGCGGUCUGGGAGUAUCUCAGGAAAUUCAAGGUGCCAUAUUGCAGCCUGUAUGAUGACGGGUAUACAUCCCUAGGAUCGACAUAUAACACGUUCCGCAACCCAGCGCUCCUCGUGCAGCCAUGUUGCGGGAAGUGCACCGCGAACCAAGCAGUGUCAUCCAGACUCGACGUCGGUCUGUCGGGACACCUCAUAGCCAACGCCCUUUCCACGUCCUCACUGAUAGACCUCGACAACAUCAAGCCACACGCGUCCUCAUCAUCGCCGACGCCGCUAUCCCUCACGGACGGCUCCCUCCAGUCGCUCCCGGACAACUUCGAGGUCAUCCCGACCGACCCGCGCAGCGUGUGCGUCGCGGACGCGACGGGCUGCGACCCGCUCCCCGACAACCUCGAGCUCAUCCGCGGGGACCCCAACUUCGCGUGCCACGCGGACGCGACGGGGUUCCCUGCGCUGCCCGACCGCCUCGAGUGGCUCACGGGCGGCGACACGCACGCGCAGUGCAUUGCGGACGGGUGCAGCUGCGAGCCGCGCUACCGCCCCGCGUAUGAGCUCGUGGACGGCAGUCUGGAGAGGGCCGGGCGCGCGACCGGCGCGGCGGGGCUGAAGCUUCGCGAAUGA